GAGCGCCAGACAGACCACGAGUGGCGCCUGGGUCGUCUGCAGAACCAGAUGGGCCAGGUCUUGAAGAGCACGAGCCAUGUGCUCGAGGGGUUCCCGUCGGUCGAGCAUGCGUGGGCGACCCAUGGAGAGCAGCAGCAGUACAGGGAGCUGCGCCAGGACACGCCGGAGGCCUUGGGGCGCGACGUGGCGGCGCACCUGAAUGCGGCGUGGCCCUUGCCCGACCGGUCCGCGGACCCGCCCGGGCCGUUGACGACCGCGGUUUGGCUCCGUCUCCUCCUGGAGGAGCUCGGUCAGGAGAAUGUGGCGCGCGCGGUUUUUGAGCAGCGCCGCUGCGACGCCACGGCCGGGGCGCGUGUGAGCAUCCCGGGGGUGUUCAAGGUCUUCAAGAUCAAGUUGCAGUUUGGCGCGGCGUCGCUGGGCGCCCAGCAGGCGAUCCAGGCGCUUGAUCGCCCGCUCCGCCAGGCCUCGGGGUUGGCGGUCCUGGGGGUGGCCCCAGCGGCCGCGGCUGCAGGGGCCGCCCUGGCGUCAGGCGUGAUCCAGGGCAAGGGUCGCGGCAAGGGUAAGGGCAAGAACGGCAAGGGCGCCAAGGCCAAGGUUGCGGCGGCCAAGGCAGGGGCCGGCCCGGCGCCGAAGGCUGCUGCGGUCCCGCCCGCCGCCGCCCCGGCAGCCGCCGGAGGGGCGGCGGGGGCGCGGCGGCUGCGGCGGCCGCUGGGGCACCAGGGGGCCCCGGAGCCGGAGGCUGAGGUGUGA